CUCAGUCAACGUGCAGUAGUCGGACUGUGCCGACCUGGAGUUCGCACUCAGUCAGCGACGAUCUGCGCGUCGAGCAUGACGUCGAAACGAUGCCGCAACGCGACUUAGUACUUCUCGCGCUGGUCGCGCUGGUGCUCGCGGAGGGCCGCAUCUGCCCGCAGAUGGACGUCCGCAACAGCCCCAGCUCGCUGGCGAAGCUGCGCAACUGCACCAUCAUCAUGGGCCACCUGCAGAUCGUGCUGAUGGACGCGGUGGCGAACGAGAGGGAGUUCGACGGGUAUUCGUUCCCAGAGCUCACGCAGAUCGUGGACUACCUGUUGUUGUACAGAGUGAUGGAGCUGAGCUCGCUGAAGAGGCUGUUCCCGAACUUGAGAGUGAUAAGGGGGCGCAGGCUGUUCGCGGACGGGUUCGCGCUAGUGGUGUACAAGAUGCAGCACCUGGAGGAGAUCGGCUUGACGAGUUUGCAACACAUCGGCCGAGGGGGCGUCAAGGUGGACCUUAGCCCCAACGUCUGCUACGUCCACACCGUCAACUGGAAGUCCCUCGGAGCCUCCAGGCUUGACUUCGACAACACCACAACCUCCGCCUGCAAGGACGAAGUUUGUCCCAACGAGUGUGGCGGAUACUGCUGGAAUAACGUGGAGUGCCAAAGUCAAAGUCGCAAGGAAUACUGCGACAAGUACAUGGAUGGGGAGGAAUGCGUGUCGAAGUGCCCGCCGCCUAAGGUGACCAACAAGGAAACUAGGACGUGUAUGACGGAGGAGGAGUGCUCCACUAUGUUGAAUGGUGGUUGGUGGAACUUCAACGGGACUUGCAUCAACGAGUGUCCCGUUUAUUAUAAGAGGGAUAGGGACGUGAAAGGGGGGUGUCGCUACGUGGGACCGGCGUCCCCUAAAAUGUGCAGUGGAACAGUCGUGAGCACGUCGGACAUGCUGGAGCAGAUGGAAGGGUGUACCUUCAUCAACGGCUCCCUAGAAAUACGCAUAUUGGAUAGUACCCCAGAACGGAACCUCGAGCGGUACCUAGGGAACAUCGUCUCCAUCUCCGGGUACCUAAAAAUCGGGCGACUGCAAAGUAUCACCUCGUUGGGGUUUCUCAAGAACCUGACGACAAUCAAAGGAGAGCAGUUGGAUAACAAUCGGUACUCGCUAUUCGUCUACGAAAACGAGAAUCUGAGGAAGUUGUGGGACUUUUCGGACGACUUUAAGUUGACUAUUUUAAACGGGACGAUGGCUUUUCACGACAACCCUCAGUUGUGUUUGAGAGAAAUCGAGAAACUCGAGCAGACUGACGGUAUCCGGAAUAAAACUGACAUGCAGAUGUCCAAGUAUUCGAACGGGUACAAGUCUAGUUGUCACCAGAAAAACUUGACGGUUAAGAUUACCGAAACUAACCCGACGAAUGUGACCAUGGUGUGGGAGAGAGAAUCCCUAGCUGAUGACGAAGUGCUGCUGGGUUAUACCGUCUACUAUAGUGAAGAGGAGAAUGCUCAGUUUUGGAGUGAUAACGAAGACGGUUGCAAUAAGUAUAGCUGGAAUGGAGUUUUCGUCCGGGAGAAUACAGCUCAACUCAAAGACUUGAUUCCUUACACUAGAUACGCCUACUACAUCAAGAUUUACACUGCUCUGAAGCAAGGCCAGCAAACUCCCCAGUAUGCAUUCAUGACCGCUUCCAGCGAACCAUCUGAACCUCUCGGGUUAACAGCGGAAGCUGUGAGCGAUAGUACCAUCGUUCUAAAGUGGGAGCCCCCUCGCUACACCAACGGUGACUUAUCCCACUACACCAUCUACAUGUACAUAGAAGAAGAUUACUCGCCUACCAUCCGACAAAGAAACUACUGCGAAAACCCGCACGUCUUCGACAUCGAGGAACCUUCAACACCUACCAAUACUUCUCUUAACACAACUAAAGCCGAUAAUUGCACCUGUCCCGUCAAAACUUAUACCAGCCUCUUCACCGAAGAGCUAUCUUGCAACGAAGGCAGCAGCGACUUGGAAAACUGCAUCAAGACCGUUUACCACCAACAAAUUCCCUCCCCUUUCAUGACCCGCAUCUUCCAGAAAAGAGAAAUAGUCUCCUCCCGCACCGACAUCCAAGAAUACACAGUCCCAGCCAACGAAACCACCUACGAAUUCAACAACUUGAAGCACUUCACCCUCUACGUGUUCCAGUUGAAGGGCUGCAACACCUGGAGGAACCGCGAAACUGAAAAGAUCGAGUGCGGCUAUACCCAAAUGGUCUCCCAACGUACCAAAAAGAAAGAAGACGCAGACAUCGUGCGCGAGUUGAGCGUCUACGUAGACUCCGACGGUGCCCACGUCAACUGGGACAAACCCUCCGAGUCCAACUCCGUCCUCGUCGCCUACCAAAUCGAGUACAAGAGAACCGACUCCGAGCAUUCCAAACCUCGAUUCGAGUGCAUCAACGACAAGGACCAAAAGCCCAAGCACACCUACAAGAUCCGUCUUCCUCCAGGGAAGUACUCCGUGCGCGUGCAAGCCGUGUCGUUCGCCGGGCCCGGGCUCUUCAGCGAGUGGCGCCACUUCGAGAUCAGCGCCCCCGCUGGCUCCCCCGUCGCCGUGAUCGUCCCCGUGGUCCUAGCCAUCGUGUUCGUCCUCUCCUUCGGAGGGGUGUACUGGUGGUACCGUCGCAAGCGCGCCCGCGAACUCAUCCACCUCUUCGCGAGCGUCAACCCCGACUACGCCGGUAGCCGGUACACGGAAGACGAGUGGGAGCUGGAGCGCAGCGACGUGGAGAUUUUACGGGAGUUGGGGCAAGGUUCGUUCGGGAUGGUGUACGAGGGGACGAUUCGGUCGCGGCAGUACCCUUGUGCCAUCAAGACGGUGAACGAGAGCGCGUCCACCGCGAGUCGGUUAGAGUUCCUCAACGAAGGGGCGGUGAUGAAGGGCUUCAGCGACGGGUACCACGUGGUGAAACUCUUGGGGAUAGUGUCCCGGGGGCAGCCGCCGCUGGUCGUCAUGGAACUAAUGGAGCGGGGCGACCUCAAAUCGUACCUGCGGCGGUGCCGCGAGCCGUCCCAGAACCUCACCACGAGCGAGAUGUACCGCAUGGCGGCGGAGAUCGCCGACGGGAUGGCCUACCUUUCAGCGAAGAAGUUCAUCCAUCGGGAUUUAGCGGCGCGUAAUUGCAUGGUGGCGGCGGACCGCACGGUGAAGAUCGGCGACUUCGGGAUGGCGAGGGACGUUUAUGAGACUGACUACUAUAGGAAGGAGACGGUGGGGUUGCUGCCGGUGCGCUGGAUGGCGCCUGAGAGUCUCGCCGACGGCGUCUUCAGCACCGACUCCGAUAUCUGGAGCUACGGGGUGGUCCUGUGGGAGAUGGCCACGCUAGCCGAGCAACCCUAUCAGGGUAUGUCCAACGAGGAGGUGUUCCACUUCGUCAAGACGCGUGGUAAGCUGGAACGGCCCACCGAGUGCUCGGACAUCCUCUUCGAGGUGAUGGACGCUUGUUGGAGCUGGCGGCCGAACGACAGACCUAGGUUCUCGGGCGUUGUGGACCGGCUGGUGGACCAGGUGGGGCCGGCCUUUCGACUGGUGGCGUUCUGCUUCAGUCGGCUGGGGCUCGAGCUGGCGCGGACCGCCGGGGCGAGGCCGUACAACCCGCCGGCGCUGAUACUGAGCGAGGAAAACUACUUCGGACACUACGACCCCUCGGACGAGGAAGUGAACUUGUACGUGCGCGAUCGGGACCGUCCAGUGAGGUAUCUCCCAUUUCAAAACCAAAGAAAUCCGUCGCCGGAGCGGGUCAGCCCGGGCUCGCCCUCCUCCUCGUACUCGUUAAAUUCAUCCUAAGUGUUAAUUAUUAAACUAAAUGUGAUAUGUAAUGUUAGUCACUAGGAGUAAGUGUGCCCUGCGUGAGUGACUGGGAUGGAUGCUCUUUCUGAUGAAUUCCAAGGGAUCAAUGUUACCUAUUUUUGUUUUUUUUUUAACUUGACGAAGUGAUUACUUUACAUGGCUAGUAUUUUCUAUGUUUUCUACUUUAUUUAUGUCGUUUUCAAGUGGGGAACCAAAUUUUUUCUUUGUAGUAUGAUAGGCAAUACGAAGUGUACAAAAUGUGAUGUUGUUUCGGGGAUUAUCAACGAUUUUUCUGUAGGAAACAAUGUCGCUUUAUGAUGUUGUCAACUCAGUGUACCUUUGAUUGUAAUGGCGAUUCCUAGACCGAUGAAAGGUUAUAUUUCUAUAUAUCACCUGAAAUAUAUUUUGUAAACGUUGUACAAAUAAAUAUUUUGCAAAAAAAUACAGGGCUUC